CCGCGGCCUGGAGCCGAUCCUCUGGGGUUACCUUUCGUUCCGCCUGCGGAGGAACCGCCCUGGGCCGUCACCGGGAAGCGGGUCCCAGUGCUUCUGCCGCAGCGAAGCAGGAGUAUGACACCGUUCCUAUCCAGUCCAGCGUGGUGUUAUGUUCUUGCCCAUCCCCAUCAAUGGUGAGGACCCAGACUGAGUCCGGCUCGGCCCCUGGCAUUCCCGGCGGUGGUAGCAGACAGGGCUCCACCAUGGACAGCACCGCGGCCGAGUCCCGAUCGAGCACCAGCUCGCUGCAGCGCCCCACACAGCCACCGCCACAGCCUCGGAAGAAACGGCCUGAAGACUUCAAAUUCGGGAAAAUCCUUGGUGAAGGCUCUUUUUCAACAGUUGUUCUGGCCCGAGAAUUGGCAACCUCAAGGGAAUAUGCUAUUAAAAUUCUAGAGAAACGUCACAUUAUCAAAGAGAACAAGGUCCCGUAUGUAACCAGAGAGAGAGAUGUGAUGUCACGCCUGGAUCACCCGUUCUUUGUUAAACUUUACUUCACAUUUCAGGAUGAUGAAAAGCUGUACUUUGGUCUUAGUUAUGCCAAAAAUGGAGAACUACUUAAAUACAUUCGCAAAAUUGGCUCAUUCGAUGAGACGUGCACCCGGUUUUACACGGCCGAGCUGGUGUCGGCUCUGGAGUACCUGCACGGCAAGGGCAUCAUUCACAGGGAUCUGAAACCAGAAAACAUUUUGUUAAAUGAAGACAUGCACAUCCAGAUCACGGAUUUUGGAACAGCGAAAGUAUUAUCCCCGGAGAGUAAGCAAGCCAGGGCCAACUCGUUUGUAGGAACAGCCCAGUAUGUGUCUCCAGAGCUGCUCACAGAGAAAUCGGCCUGUAAAAGUUCGGACCUGUGGGCGCUCGGGUGUAUCAUCUACCAGCUUGUGGCCGGACUGCCGCCUUUCCGCGCGGGAAACGAGUAUCUUAUAUUUCAGAAGAUCAUUAAGCUGGAAUAUGACUUUCCUGAAAAAUUCUUCCCUAAGGCAAGAGACCUUGUGGAAAAACUUUUGGUUUUAGAUGCCACAAAGCGAUUAGGCUGUGAGGAAAUGGGAGGCUACGGCCCUCUGCAAGCUCACCCGUUCUUCGAGUCCAUCUCGUGGGAGAACCUGCAGCACCAGACGCCCCCGAAGCUCACGGCCUACCUGCCGGCCAUGUCCGAGGACGACGAGGACUGCUACGGGAAUUACGACAACCUCCUGAGCCAGUUUGGCUGCAUGCAAGUGUCCACGUCCUCGUCAUCACACUGCCUGCCUGCCUCGGACGCAGGCCUGCCGCCACCGGCGGGCAGCAACAUCGACCAGUACAUCCAUGACCUGGACACGAAUUCUUUUGAGCUGGACCUCCAGUUUUCCCAAGACGAGAAGAGGCUGCUGCUGGAGAAGCAGGCCAGCGGCAAUCCUUGGCACCAAUUUGUAGAAAAUAACUUGAUACUAAAGAUGGGUCCGGUAGAUAAGCGAAAGGGCUUGUUCGCGCGGCGGCGACAGCUGCUGCUCACGGAAGGGCCGCACUUGUACUACGUGGACCCCGUCAACAGAGUCCUCAAAGGUGAGAUCCCGUGGUCACCAGAGCUCCGACCAGAGGCCAAGAACUUUAAAACCUUCUUUGUCCACACGCCGAAUAGGACGUAUUACCUGAUGGACCCGAGUGGGAAUGCCCACAAAUGGUGCAAAAAGAUCCAGGAAGUGUGGAGACACAGGUACCAGAGCCACCCCGACGCCGCCGUGCAGUGACACCUCCGAGGCUGCUGCCCUCGCUGCCAGGACACGUGCCCCAGCGCGGCUCGCCGCCAUCGGGACGCUUCCAGACCACCUGCCAGCCAUCUCACGGGGGACGCAGACGGCGGAACCUUGCAGCUUUUUUAUUUAAAAGAAAAGAAGAAAAAAAAUACCCAACCACACAAAGAACAAAACCAAUAACGAGAAGGAAUUCAGGGUCGCUUUGCUUGCUCUCUGUGCUCUGUGGAGGCGCCCCAAGCUCUCCUGGCCACGGAGACCUGGCGCCGUGCACGUCUGCCCGAUUCCCGCCCAGGCCAGUGGGACAGACUCGAGUCACCAGCUCUGCACCACACGCCCUAGUCACCUGCUGGCCGGUCCUCCUGUCGCUGAGGGGAUGGGGUGUGUGUCUGGGCUCUUCCCGCCCCUAGGUUAUCACGGAACCCUCGGCAGGGAGCUGUGUGCCCCUCCGCCAGGAGUUGGCCUUGAUCUCUGAGGGGUGGGAGGGCUCUUGGCUUUGGUCCGUGUGCUCCCUUUCUUACGUCCCGACUUGAUGAUGCCCCCUGUGCCCCACCAGGGCCCCUUGUUUGCCUUCUCAGCAGCUCUGGCUGUGAGAUUUCUGUGGCUGUGAGGGCCUGCUUCAUGGGCUGCGUGUCAGGCAGGCUCCAGGUGGUGAGCUGUGGCCUGGGGCCGUCAGGGUGAGAUGCUGAGGUCAGAGGGCGCCAGCGGGGCACUUCGGCCGGACAGCCUUCCGAGGGGUGUGGCCCCGUGGGGCCCGGAAACGGUGCCGGCAGAAGCGGGCACCCAGCUACACCAGGAGGUAGGGCCCCGCUGCACGGCAGAUGGGGGGGUUGCCGCUCGGUGAGCUCCUCCUGAGAGUUUUUCCAGAGGGUGAGCUGUGCAGGCCUCCCCCGAUGGGUCCGUAGGGCUGAGAGACUCCGGGCGCCAGCAGGCUCCCGGCCGCCACCCGCACCCUUUCCGUCGUGAUCGAAUGUUCUCCUGGCGAAACUCUGAGCACGUGCACGUCUCCGCGGCCAGGAUCUCAAAGCCCCCUUGUGCUGCCAGGCCAUCUGGUCCCCAUUGAGAUGUGGACCUUGCCUGGAAGAAAACAUUGCUCACCUUGCUGGAGGGUUAGGAGCACCGCCCUGGGGCCUGCGCGCCCUGCCUACUCACCCCCUGGUUUCAGGCUUCCUUCCUUGUGCUCCUUAGAGGCGGCCCAAAGCUGUAUGCCCUGGGAGGUCCAGGAUUUACCGGUCCUGGUCCUUUGAUUUCCCCGGGCAGGGAGUGCUUGUCAGCCUGGGGGGCGCCUCUGUGCAUUUCUCUCCUUGCUUGGGUCCUCCCUGGAGGGCAGCCCUCAGUUCCUGUAGGAGAGGGGGAGACCCCCUGCUUGCAGACUGCUCACAGACACACCUCUCCCCAGGGGAUGAAGGGUUUCUAGAGACUUUCAGGAAGGCACUAGCAGAAGGCUCCCACAGAAAAGAUUGUCCUGGACGACUCUGCUCCCCGCCCUGCCCCCGCCCCCAUCUCCUGUUUCGAACAAAAACAUCACCCUGUGCUGACAGGCAGUCCAAAUCCAGAGAAAAGAGGUCCCCAAACUGGCUGAGUGAAGAGAGUGCCCCUUGUUAGCCUGGGAGGGGAGCGUGGCUGUGGAGGCCCCGCCUCCGGGUAGCCCGGGGUUGGGGGGGGUGCGGGGUGCCGUGGGCCUCCCCUCUGGCUGUGUGCCCCGCUUAGGGAGAGCCGCACCUGAGCGAGCAGGCCAGCGUGCGCACCUGCGCCUAGGUGGGUGCCAAGGCAUGGGGGGUGGGGGCGUGCUUGCCCUUGGGGCGCCUCCAGGAGCCAGACACCACCCUGGGCUGGAGUCGUAGGUCAACCUCCUGUCUUCCUCUUUCUUGCCUUUGAAAAGGCUUAUGUGUGUCCACCUGCUUUUCAAAAAGUUAGUCUUGCUCGGGCCUUUCAGGAAGUCCAUUUCCAGCUUAUUGCCCUUAUUGAUAACUUAGCUUUUUCGGGGCCCCCACAUCUGUGGGUGUGCCGUUAGGAGACCCAGGCGCCUGCUCUGCGCAGCCUUGGAUCUGGUUACAGGGACCUGCGCAGAGCUGGUAUUGGGCUUUCCCAAGAGCACUCGGCUGGGCUGCUCUGUGAGAGAUGCAUCGGCCAUUGCCGCCUUCUCCCUGGAUGGCGCCACUACCUCCUGGGCCUACCCCCCAAGCUCCAUCUUAACCUCCAGAACCAGAGAACAAGGGGUUCAGGGUAGAGCUCUGCCCUUGCCUGAGCCAGUGACCUCGGAGCCCUUCUCUGUAGGCUACCUUUCUCCUCUCAGAGCCUUCUCCUCCGCCUCACCCCUUCUCUUAACGCCCACACUUUCUCUUUCCCUACCAUGUGUUCCCUCAUAUCAGCUUUAGUUUUAUGCAGCUUGUCCUUAGAGCUCCUGCCCCGGCAUGCAGGUGCCUUGAAUUCUGAGAUGUGGACAGAGCCCUCAGUCUAGUACGUGCACAGACAUACACAGAAAUGCAGCUGAUGUGCCCAAGGUGAGAAAGGAAAGGGCCCGUUUGACAGAUCCAGGAGCCGGCUGUCCUACCCAGAGAGGGCAAGGGGACGUAGAAGAGCCCGCCCUGUGUGGCCUCGCUGGCGUGGAGGGGAGGGAGCAGGACCGUGGUCUGCAUGGGCCCGGACGGCCCGCUAUCCUUGCCCCUGUCUGGGCACUCAAGGAAGCCAGGUUUGGGUGCAGCUGUUUCCUGCCCUCUGUGUGGACCUGACCAGGACAGCGGGUGGCGGGCAGUGGUGGCCUGCAGCCCCAUGGGGUGCACAGAGCCCUGCCCGGUGAAAGGCACUGUGUUGUGCCCGUGCCUCUGAACCUUGGCUCAGCAGUUUGUUGCAGACCUGCUUUGGGAAAGAUGCCUCUCACGGUCACACCAGAGCUCACAAGUGCCGCACCUGCUCCAGCCCCCGAAGGCCACGCUGUGGUAUUUGUGGCCCACACGUGGGCCUAGGGCAGCGUGCUGUCUCAGAGGCUCCGGGUGAUUCUGUGCUCUCUUACACUAUUUGUUUUCUGGGGAAAAAAAUCACCUGUAGGCUUACCAACCUACAAAAGGCCACUGUGAGCGUUUUGGUGCGUAGCGUACCUCUCCCUCCCUCAUGCACAUUUGUUUUCUUUUUAAGCUCAACUGGGAACAUAAGACAUACACUGUUCUGCAUUCAGCUUUUUCCACUUGAUAAUUAAGCAUUUCUCCACGUCAUGAGCGAUGAUUAAAAAGCAUUGUUUUUAGUGAUUGUAGAGUUUAAUGGUUAUAAAUUGUAUCACAAUUUAUGUGAUCAUUUCCCUGUUGUAAAACGUUUAGAUGGUUUCUGGUUUUUCACUAUUUAAAUAAUGCUGUGAUGCAUAUCCUCCUAAAUCUUUGAUUUUGACUCUGACCCCCGCCCCACCCCGCCAUUCCUAGAAGCAGUGUUUUUGGGUCAAAGAGUUUAUUUUAAGGGUGGUUUUGGUCCUUCUUCCAUCUUGUUCCGAUGCUUAGAUGCUCAGAGUUCAGUACAGAAUCUCCUUAGUUUUGUCCUGCAGAUUCUGAACAAAUCCGUUUCUGGAAAGGUGUGUGUUCCAAAGAAUGUUUUAAUAAGACUGCUCUUUUCUUUUUUUUUGAUAAUGCUGAAAUGAUAUCCUCAUUCAGGUCCAUUUGUGGCAGUUUUUUCCAAAAACGAAUUCCUUAUUUUCCUUGAAGACUCUGGUUAUGCUUGCAUGUUAGUCAGCCUGCCGCCCGCGCUGCCCCGGCUUCCAGUGCUCUGGGAUCUUGUCCGAAGCCCGCGCUCCGUGUCCGCAGUGGUACCGAAGGUGCUCUGCACAGUCAGCUGAGAGGACGUGUUGCCUGACCUUGCCACAUGCUAACUGGCUGCUUUGUAAUUAAGUUCGCACACACAGAAAGUACAUUGGCCCACUCAGAUCCGUAAAAGACCAAAUUGUCCACUUGAACAAGACCAUGCAGAUGGUUGGGUUUUCCAGAUCUCUUUGCCCUCAUGCUAUUCACACUGGGACUCAGUAAGAAGGUCUUAGCGGGUCAGUGGAGCGCAGCGGCCAGGCCUUUUCACUGUGGAGUGUGAUGGUCCUGGCCGACAUGGCUUUCGGGACCCCGCCCCUGCCCUUGCUCACACUGGUGCAGCGUGUCAGGUGGUCUUUGAGUCCACACCACCCAAUUUAGUUUCAUUCUUAAUUUCUCCACUUUAGUUUGGGUUCCACUGAUUCUGAGGGGAGAGGUGCCCGAGAGACUUUUGAGGUGCCACGCUCAGUGCUGUUUGAGUCCGCCGGAGAUCAUGGCUGGAUUGUGCAGCAGUGGCCUCCCUGCCUUCUGAUACCCCAAGCCCCCUGGGCCCUGGCUGCCCCCCCACUCUGGGUGCUCACUGCCCAGGCCGCGGAGCCUGCAGCCGCCGUGAAGAGGAGUACGGUGAGGGCCCUGUUCCUGGAGAUGUUGCCGUAUUCCAUCCACAUUGUUUCAUCCCGUCCAGAGCUGAAGCGAACCGAUGGGGACUCACGUAGCCCCGCCCUCCCCGGCAGCCUGUGUGGCCGGUGCCUUCAGUCAGGGCAGGAGUCCCUCCCAGAGUCUCUGAGGGGCGCGGGCUGCUGGCCCAAGAUUGCAGAGCUGGGAGUCAGGCUGCCUGUGGGGAACCAGUCUGUUCCGGCCAAGAGCAGUUUUAUCUGUGGCUCGGACAGCUGUGAUGGGCAACUGACCUUGCUUACGUGGAUUACCUGAAUUUUCCGCAGAACCCAUAUUCUCCAAAUAUGAAGAAACCCCAAACUUCAUGUACAGAGACCUUUUUACAAAAGGCAGACCUUGUUUUCAGUGUGUAACCCACCCUCGCCUAACCCAUCUGGCAGAAUGACUUAAGAAAAGGGGUCAUAUUGCUGGUGACAAGCCUCUUACCAUUAUCAAAAGUUUGAUUGGACAUUGACAAAAAUGUUUGCAGUGUUUAGAGCUGUGUAGCUUUUCCUUAACACAAAAUAGGAUGAAUCAAUAGUCAGUUAGCUGUCUUUCAGGUUGGUGGCAGUCAGUUAGGACGUGUAAAAUUCUCUACCUGGUCUGUAGCUGUAACUGUGAUGUACAGGCAAAGCAAAAAUUUAAGACUUAUGAAAACAAAUAAUGCAAUGAUAUUAGGAUAUACACUUUUGUAUUUUUAUUCUUAUAUAAGGUUAUUUGCUGGCUAUUGUUGGCCUCUAGUUCAGUCUGUGUUAUUUAAAAUUAAUAUAUGAAUUAUUUGGAUUGAAUUCAUGUUCUGGGCCACGUUGUUGUAUGUAUUGAUGUACAGCCUUGAAUGUGAAUAAUUAUUGUAAACUAUAUUUUACAACUUUUUUUCUGGCUUUAUUAUAUAAAUUUUCUAUUUGGUCGAUGAUUUAAUCAUAUAAUUUAAUGAAUCUGUUUCUUUUUUUUCAAAUAUUUGUGCUUUAGACGUAGUUACUGGAUGAUGAAUUUUCCACGUACGCUCGGUAGUCUUGUAAUAAAAAAGCAUGUAGAGUGUA